ACCAAACAAUUAUUUAAUACUCCUGAAAAUCACAACAAUAUUGAUGUCUAUUUUUAUUUAUUGACAACUGUUGACAACCGAAUGGAAGCUUUGGGAAGGAUAGUUCCAUGCACAAUCCGCACGGUGGUGCUUUUUGUGACGUCUAAGUGUCAAACUCACCCACUGUUAACCAUUAGUUUUUGUCAAAUUUGGAAGAUAUAUUUUAAACAGAAAUAUGGCCUCAGUGUUAUUGAGGAGCCGUUCCUUGAUGAAAUGUGCAGGAUUAUGGCAAACAGCUCCUAUUUCAACUACAUCAUUUAAGUGCAAGGACUUUAGUGACAGCCUCAACCAGAAGGAGGCUCCGCAGAUCAAAAAUGAUUUAGCCCUUUUGAAGCCUGAGGAGGCAGCCGAUAGGAAGAGAAUGCAAGGUUAUAUAACCGUCGAAGGACCUGUUAAUAUUGCACCAAUCACUGGUAUCCCUGAGGAGCACAUAAAGGGAAGAAAAGUGAGGAUUUAUGUGCCCGCAAAGAAUUCCAUGCAAAGUGGCACCGAUAAUAUCGGUCACUGGGAAAUGGAGUUUGAUAACAGGGAACGUUGGGAGAAUCCACUUAUGGGAUGGGCCUCUUCUGGUGAUCCAAUGUCCAAUAUGAAAAUUCAAUUCUCUACCAAGGAAGAAGCAAUUUCGUAUUGUGAGAAGAAUGGUUGGCAAUGGUUCUUGCAGGAGGGAACUACCAAGGAAAUGAGACCUAAGAGCUAUGGCGUAAAUUUCUCAUGGAACAAGCGUACCAGGGUUUCCACCAAGUAAACUCAGUAUUUAAUGAAUGGAAUUUAAUUGUACAUAUAAAAAGAAAAUAACUUGUUGAGAAUACAAUAAAUUAACUUUGAGUUA